AUGUCGGACCUUCUCCUCUCUCUUUCCAUUUCUCUCUUCCUCUCCCCCCUUUUCUUCAUCUCAAUUGAUGCUCAAUCCAGUAACUCAACUUACCCCAACUGCCCUUCAUACAACUGCGGGAACAUCAAUAUCAGCUACCCUUUUUGGAGGAUCGGCAGUGAAACCUCCACCCAGUUCUGCGGUUACCCUGGUUUUGGAAUCAAUUGCUCUAACGACGGUGAUCAACGGGAUAUUCCAACUAUUAAUUUGGGAAACGAUUCUUACUAUAUCCAAAAUAUAAUUUACGGAAGAAGAAGUAUCGUCCUCAUAGACUACGACGUUUUUACUGCCGUUGGCCCAGCCCUCGAUUGCCCAAGGGUGGACCAUAAUAUUUCCAUCGAAAGCUUGCCUUUCAAUAUCUCGGAUCAGAACGUUAACAUAAGCAUUCACUUUAAUUGUAACGGAGUUCCUCCUUUUUCUCAUGAAAUACCGUGUCUGAGUUCCCGGACUAAUAAGUCGUGCGUUAAUAGUGUGCAUUCCGAGCCGGCGAAUUUCAAUUGGGAUGAGUACUCAUGCGAUGACGAUGUUAUUGUAACAACGGUGUUGGAUGUAUUUCCUUCAACAAAUGGGGUGGGGAUAGAGUUCAGCAAAGCAUUGAGGGGAGGAUUCGAGCUAAGAUGGUGGGAAAUAGAGGAUUGCGAAAUGUGUGAAAAUUCCGAUGGCCGGUGCGGUUACAAUAAUGAUACAAGAGAGUUCAUGUGUUUUUGCUCCAGCGGUACGACCACGAAGGGUGACUGUAAAGGUACGUUCACUAAAACUACGCGAUUCAAAUUGAAUCCCACAUUUACCUCUGUUUAG